UCUCACAAGUGUUCCCUACAGUAGCAAUUAUACGUUUCCGGCAAGUAUUAUAUUGCACAGUUCAGUUAUUAUAUUAUAUGACGUAUAACUUGUCGUUUGAAUUUUUCAUCCACCAAGAUGGUCAAAAAGUCAUCCAUAUGGUACUUUGUGAUGCUAUUUUAUUUGAUUAUCGUACUGGUAAAUUCUAUUAGCGUUUCCAGUAGAUAUAACAUCGGUUUUCCUUCUGACUGUGGUGACAUCGACAUUAAGAAAGGCACUGGUGUGUACAUGAUUUACCCUGAAGGAUUGGAGGAUGGAUUCAAUGUAUAUUGUAAUAUGGAGACGGACAACGUAGGGGGCGGAUGGACGGUGUUCCAACAACGACUAAACGGUGAUGUUGAUUUUUACAGAGGAUGGAAUGAUUAUAAAUUUGGGUUUGGAACAUUGGACGGAGAACAUUGGCUGGGCAAUAACAAGCUCAACAUUAUUACCAACCAAGACAAGUACGAACUCUUAAUCACGAUGCAGGACUUUACCAAUCAUACUGGAUAUGCAAAAUAUGCAAAUUUCAAAAUCGGGAAUGAAGGUUCAAAAUUCAAGAUAACCACUUCAUCCUAUACUGGCAACGUUGGUGAUUCACUAAGCAACCAUAAUGGUAAGAACUUUACUACGAAAGACCAGGAUAACGACGAAUAUGGAAGUAACUGUGCUUCCUCGUUCAAAGGUGCAUGGUGGUACGGAUCCUGCCACGAUUCCAACUUAAAUGCACAGUAUCUUGGCGGGAAACACACGUCACACGCUGAUGGAAUCAAUUGGAAAGCUUGGAAAGGCCAUAACUACUCAUUAAAGACAACCAACAUGAUGAUUCGAAAGAAAAAAUAAGAAACCAUUGCAAAAUUUGUUAUUUAUCGAAAAGUCUUUUUUAGUUGCAAUUCAUUACAAGGUAUAGUUUAGGUGAGGCUAAACAAACUAGAGUAAAACAGAUAGAAAUUAAUCAACAUUUGAAUAAAACGAAAUAAAAAAAGA